AUGAUGGACGUAGCCCUUCUUCGAGAGCUCUCGGAGGAAUUCAAAAAGAUGAUAGAUGGAGGGAUGGCCGAGACAGACAUACGCCGCCAGCUCCCAAGCGACGAUCCCAGCGCUAGAACACCCCGUGGGCUUUUCCACUUUUCGAUGUUCGACUAUGUCCUCACUCUGUUCUCCUUGGGCGGCCUACCUCGUUCGCGUGACACCCCGGGAUCACACACCCCUCCUGCCGAAGUUCUCUCCUCCUUCAUGUCAUGCUUUAACCAUUAUCCAGAAAUCAACUCGCCGGAACAUAAGCCCAAGACGACGCUCAAAGUCCUCGAUGGUCUUCCUAUAAUCCUGACCUGGAUGGAACGUCAUUGUUAUCCUAUCCUUGACGGCACCUCCACCUCCACUGUUCAGGACAAAGCCGACUUGGCCUACCGGGCCUGUCUGGUGAUCUCCUUCAUCAUGGAGACGUACGACGGCGUGAAGGAGGCAUCUCUGAGAUCCAACAACUUGAAGCUUGCUGUCCUCGUCCAAAAGUCGUGGGUGAUCCCACUCUGUGGGAUCGACGGUGAACCGCUCAGGAAUCUCGCCGAGCUGGGCCACGACCCAAUGCUCCACAUUCUGGGCGUCUUCGAGCCUGGAAUGCAUUCAUCAAGGAGGUUUCCUCGUCACAGACGGGCAUUGACGGAUUUGCUAGGGCUACACGAAUCGAUGCGGCUCCAUUGUGGACAAAGGUCCCGUAGGUUCCACGUCGAGAUGGCGGUGUCGCUUUUUCAGGAGAAGGAGCGUACACUUCGGUAUAACGCACCCCGCAAGUAUCCGGAGUCCGGACAGUCGGUGGGAGGAGUGUAUGGUUAUGAUCGAUCUCACAGGACAGUGCGAUUCACCUACUGGAAAACCUGUGGUGGACGUGGCCCUCAUCGACGACUGGAACAAGGGCGCCGAUCAUAUCAUUGGGCGAGGGUGCUCGGCGAAUGUUCGGCGCGCACAGGUUCUCGUGGAGCGCUUUCAACAAUAUCCCUCAGACUGGUAGGACUCUUGAUCUGCGCUAUCAUUGGAUACAAGUGUCGGUAUCGCAUUGAAUCACUCACGGAAGUGGAGAGGAACUCGGCGGACGGCUGGGAUGUGAUCAACAAUGUGGUUCUCGUUGAAAGGAUGAAGUGGACCCCCGAGACGUUUACCUUCUUACCUUCAAGUACCGCGGGCCCGAAGAUUGGAUUGUUGGAUGAGUUUGGCAUGGACAAGAUGCUUCAGUCGGCUUUUCCUGGCAUUGACUCAUCGCUCGAAGGCUUAAAUGAUCUUUGGUGA